UCGGCCUGCGGUGAGCGACCCUGCACGCAACCGCCUGAGGUAGAUCGCUGAGGCGGAGGCUGUGAGGCCGCUCGCUCUUCGCCGGUCUGCGCAGGAAUCUUGGGAAGCUAAAAUGCGGCAUAAUCAGAUGUAUUGUGAGACACCACCUACUGUCACUAUUCAUGUAAAAUCAGGCUCAAAUAGGUCACAUCAAACUAGAAAAGCUAUUAGUCUGAAGCGUCCUAUUCUUAAAGAUCAUUGGGAAGCAUCUGAAAAACAUGCUCAUAAUAACAAAUCUAAGCGGCCCAGAGGGCCUUGUCUAAUUAUACAGCGUCAGGAAAUGACUGCUUUCUUUAAAUUAUUUGAUGAUGAUUUAAUUCAAGAUUUCUUGUGGAUGGACUGCUGCUGCAAAAUUGCAGACAAGUAUCUUUUGGCUAUGACCUUUGUUUAUUUCAAGAGAGCUAAAUUUACUAUAAAUGAGCAUACCAGGAUAAAUUUCUUUAUUGCUCUGUAUCUGGCUAAUACAGUUGAAGAAGAUGAAGAAGAAGCCAAGUAUGAAAUUUUUCCAUGGGCUUUAGGGAAAAACUGGAGAAAACUGUUCCCUAAUUUCUUAAAGUUAAGGGACCAACUCUGGGACAGAAUUGACUAUAGGGCUAUUGUAAGCAGGCGAUGCUGUGAAGAGGUCAUGGCCAUUGCACCAACCCAUUACAUCUGGCAACGAGAGCGGUCUGUGCAUCACAGUGGAGCGGUUAGGAACUACAACAGAGAUGAGGUUCACCUGCCCAGGGGACCUAGUGCUACACCAGUGGAUUGCUCACUGUGUGGUAAAAAGGGAAGAUACGUGAGACUGGGACUGUCUUCAUCCUCCUCCUCCUCCAGUGACACAGUAGAGCUAAUGGAAAAAGGUUCUCAGGAAUUACACAAUGCAUUAUCAGUGGACAUGACAGGUGAACCUUCUCAAGCUAAUACCUAUUCUCAAGUAGCCAAUGACCAUCAAUCAAAUAAAGAAAAUGAAACUACUUUUGUGAAGGAAAACAAAUCCGUGGAAUGGUUUGCAGAGAGUGAAGAAUGACAAGGCUCAACUAAAGCAAGCUGGAGUCACAGCUACAGAAUGGCAAACCAAAUGCAACGUAAAACGGGACUGCUACCAAGUUGUACAAUGGCCUUUAGCUUCUGUUACUUUUCAAACACAUGGAAAAGUCAUACAAAUCAUAGUACUAACUAAACAUACCAAAAUAAGGUAAAAAUACUUUCUGAAGUAGUGACUAAUAAUAGUCAGUUCUAAGUUGAUACUUCUUUGUCUUCAGAUUCAGUGCUGUCAUCUAAGGUACCAGGUCAGCUGUGGUCUGAACUUCCUCCACUAGCUUAAAAGGUCAAACUAGAAGACAAAAAGAGCUAGUUUAAAAGAACAGUUAAGGUCAUAACACUGAAUUAAUUAAAAAGAAACAUUUAAUUAGUAUAUUCUGAAAACAGUACUGACAUGUGUGGCCACUUUACCAGUGAACAAGUCAAGCAACACAGGGGCAUGGUCUGUGUGGAAAAUCAGAAUGUGACACUUCUGUAACAGAGAAUGUACACUACACUGUACAAAUGUUUUACAGUUCGUUCACAAAAAGUAUUGAAAUGUUAAACACUGUCCCUUUUCCGUAAGCUUUUUCUCAGAACUUGUUUUUUGAGCAUUUUUGAGACUGUUUGGCUAGUUACUAACAGAAACAUUUGUCAGUGAUUACACAGUAACUUUACAGAUAGGCUUAUAACCAAAAGGAGAAGCCUGUUUCAUAAAUCAAUGUAUCUAAAACCCAUUUCAUGGCCUAAAUAAUGUAUACAUAUGAGUACCUAAACUUGUUUCUUGGAAGAACUUCAGCAAUGUUUUAGGAGCUAGAAAAAUACCACAUUUCAUUUUCUGUACAAUAAAUAAAAAAAUAAAACCCUG